AUUAUAAAUGAUGAUAAUGAAGAAAAUGAUUAUACUCAAUUAUUUCAACAAAUCCCUCUUUAUUUAUAUUCAUUAACUCAUUUAGAACUUCCAAAGAUUUGUCCACCUGAAUUAAUUUCUAUAUUCAUAUCAUGUACUAAGCUUGUUUAUAUUAGUGUAUUAUUAUUAUUGAAUAAUGAGUUAUUAAUGGAAAUAUUAGAAAAUUUGGGUGAAUCUGUUCCUAAAACUUUAAAAAGAAUUCAGUUUAAAAGAUUAUCAGGAAAUAUUCAUUUAACAAUAUCUUUAGAAUUAUUGACAUUUUUUUUAAAAGGAUAUGCAAAUAAUGUUGGAAUAUUAGAAUAUUUGGAACUUGGAAAUAAGGGAAAUCCCAUUAAUAUUAUUACUAAACAAUUUGGUGUUCAAAUAAUUGAAUAUUCUCAUCACAUUUAGUGACGUAAGCACUAUAUGUUAAUAGUAAUAGUAUUACGCUGCGUCUAUUGCGCAGCUUAUUCUAAAAUAGAUUUUACAAUUUACCUGUAUUAGAGUAUCUAUCGAAUUUAUAAAAAUUUGGGCUUAUUUUUAUUGUUGUUGUUACUAUAUAUAUUAUAUAUUUUAGUCAAUAAUAAAGGGUAGGGUUGAUUAAUUGGUUCAAAUUUAAUUUUAUUAGCCAUUUAAAAUUUAGAAACUACUUCCAAUACUUACUUUUCGUUC